AGAAGAGGUUCAGUGCACUCCACACUCGACAUCGUUCCUUGCUGCUCAGCGAAACACCAAAAUGGCCUUGCGUGCCAUCGCUGAACUACCGGCGGACUUCGUGCCGGUGGAGUACAUGGAGAGGGCGAUCAAGAACUCCGACUGCAGGACGCCGAUCGUCUUUGUUCAGCAAGACGGAGACACCUUUCAAUCCGUGUGCUAUCUCGCCAAGCAGUGCGACUCGGCGGUGUGGAGCUUCGAUGUCUCGCUGCUGCAGAGUGCACAGAACAUCAUGGACUACAUCGACGUGGGUCUCAACAACGGUGACUGGGUCUUCAUCACCAACUGCGACCUUGUAGGCGCAUCCUAUUUCCGCGAAGUGGCGCGCACGCUGUACCACCUGCUGCCCGAGCCCCUCAAGUACCCUCGUCGCGAAGUAUUUCGCUGCUUCUUUGGCGUGUCGGUGCCCUUCGAUCUGAACGCUCCCGUAGGUCAGCCCUUCCCUCCUCUUUUCAUGCACAACGCCAUCGUAGCCCGGCCGACGUCGACGCAGGGAUCGAAGUGGUCGCGCAUAAUGCCGGCAGACGAGCCGCUGUUCUCUGCGGCCGCCACGAAGCACCAAAAGCGACGCGAGGUGGGCCGGGAGAGCGACAGCGAGAGCGAUUUGGACGAGACAGAUAAAAUCUCCGGCGUACUCUUCUACCGUGCCGCGCAGCGCAACCAGGAAAUUGAACAGUCGCCAGUGACCCUGGCGAAGCACGAGAUGAUGCAAGCGAUCGACACGCGGGACGCAGCGACGAUGGAGCGACUUGUCAAGAGCGGCGACGUCGACCUCUCGCGCCCAAUCAAAGACGGAAUGACACCACUGCAGUACGCGUGCUGUAAGCAGCUGACCGAGUCGGUGCAGGCGCUUCUCGCUCUCGGCGCUAACCCGAAUGCCCCGCGUGCGAGCGACGGCCGACCGCCACUUUUCAUGUCGAUUGACGACAUAGACCUGGCGAGAGUGCUUGUGGAGGGUGGCGCAGACCUUUUCGCUAAGUACGAAGGCUUCCGCGCCGACUCGCACCCCGACACUGCUCUCGAAGUGGCUGCGUACAUCGCAGAGCGGCGCAAUAACAUGUAA